CUGAUGUUGGCGAGUCACGAUCCAGCCCUGUCAAACAACCACGGCCUGUGAUUACACAUUUGCCAACCCAGUCAGCCACAGCAGCUGAACGUUAAUUAACAAAACUGGGUCCAUGUGCUAGCCGCUGGCGUAUCAGGAUGAAUGAUCUGGCCAAUUCUCGGAGAUAUGGGCUAGAGAACUUUGGUCGCUCAGUGAAUAGAUUGCGCUGUCGCUCUUCUCCGAGGGACAUUUUGCUCUAUUACCCACAUUACCGGGAGCAGAUAGGAAAGCAAGGUCGACGCGAGUCAAGUGCAGCCAGGAUCUUGGUUCUUAAUUCACAAGCUGGUUUGUAGCUCCCUUUGCUAAUUUGCAGGAAGAAGGGAUUCAGACCGAAGGAUGUCAGCAAUAAACCAAGGCCUUGGUUGUCGUCAGCCAGGCCUGAUAGCUGGAGGCUAGUGAAAUCCGUCUCCGAGAGGUAAGAGACAGCACGUUCCAAGGAUCACAGCCGGAAAAAGUGACCAAACGGAUUGGGGCAUAUCUCCAUUGCUACCAAUGACGCCGGCGAGGACUAGACUAGUUGGUCUAAGAGGCAGGAGGAUUUGGGUGAGAUGACAAGCGAGACCAGACCUCGGGGAAAUCACCACAUGGGAGAAGGUCCAGGACCUCCGGAGCGUGGGAGAUCAUGCGCGUGCUGGCAGUGCC